AUGAGGCCUUCGGGGACCGCUAGGCGAGUUUGGCCGUACAGCGAUCCGAAAGCAGUGGAAGAGCUGAAUCAGACAUUUGUCACAGAGUUUAUACUUCUAGGAAUCACCAGCUUGCCUCAACUGAAGAUAUUGUUUUUUAUUACGUUUCUUAUGUUCUAUCUCUUAUGUUUUCUUGGGAACUUAAGUAUUGUAGCAGUAGUGCUUAUUGACCAUGGCCUUCACACCCCCAUGUACUUCCUCCUUGGCAAUCUUUCCUUCUUGGACUUCUUUUUCUCCACAACAACUGUCCCAAAAUUGUUGUCAGGCUUAAUUAUGGGAGAUAAAAGGAUAUCUUUUCAAGGCUGCAUAGCCCAACUUUAUGUAUUCCAUUUCUUAGGCAGCACCGAGGCCAUGCUUCUUACGUCAAUGUCUUAUGACAGAUACAUUGCCAUUUGUAACCCAUUACGGUACCAUGUUCUUAUGUCAACGGAAGCAUGCAUUCAGUUAGCUUUCACUUCCUGGCUCAUUGGUUUCUUGUACUCCUUAACACAGACAAUACCGACUGUUAGAUUGACAUUUUGCAGUUUCAACAAAGUCACUGCCUUUUACUGUGAUAUCAAGCCACUACUGAAUUUGGCCUGCACAGACACUCAUAUCAAUGAAAGUCUGCUGUCUAUAAUCACUGGAAUUGUGGCACUUGGUACUUUUAUUUCAAUUGUUAUAUCAUAUAUCUUUAUUGCAACCCAUCUUCAGAAUAUCCAGUCUAGUCAAGGCAGACAUAAAGCCUUAUCUACCUGCACUUCUCACCUCACUGUUGUCCUUUUAUACUAUGGGACUGCAGUCUUCACCUACUUGAGACCAGCUACUAAAGGUUCGCUUGAACAGGACAGAAUAAGUGCAAUUGUCGUUACAGUCAUCACUCCUGCAUUAAAUCCUCUGAUCUAUGCUCUACGAAAUAAAGAGGUAAAAAGGGCAUUCAGGAAGUCCUUUUAUGAUGGUUACACAUUUAAACAUUUAAAAACCCGAAAUCUUCCCAACCUCACAGAGAAUAUUGUGCCCCACCCCCUCUACAGGAAGGAUUUUAUGCAGGAUGGAAACCUGACACUGUGCAUUCCAAGUGAAGUAACGGACCACUACCCUAAGAAAAGUGUCCAAAUCAAAACCCUGGCAACCCUGAUAUGCCCCGUACACCCACUCUACAUGACUCAUGCAGGGCUAAUCAGGGCAAAGAUAUCUUCAGCUCUAAAGCCCAUGUUCAAAAUCUUCCUGGCAACAUCUUUCCUAGCUGGUGGGAAAUCUUCACGUUCCCGUUUCAGCUGCACCACAUUCCUCCUCUUAAAGGUGGAAGGAAAUGGAGAAGUAAAGCCAGAUGGAAAACUCAUUACAUUCCCACUGUAA